AUGAACGAACAUAAUAGAUUGUAUGGAAGUGCUCUGGACACGUUUUGUGAGCUAUAUCAAGGUGUUUCUUUGGAUAAUUGGCUGAAAAACAACAACAAUACGAAGCUGGGGACGUUUUACAAAAGUUUUGUAAGUUUUUGGGUAAUAUUAAAGUUGCCUUUAUGCUUUUAUGGUUUUAAAAGAAUGCAGAGAUAUGUUUUUGAUAUUUUAUAAACGUUUAUGUGAUAUUCUUGUUCGUUAAAACUUUAAACAGUGUUGUUUUAGCUGAUCAGUCGCAGAAUUAGGCGUCGUAUGCUAUCCAACCUUCUAAAGGUCGAUAUUACGCUUUACAGUGGUUCUAACAUCUAUAUCCAGCACAAAGAUGUGUUUAUCGGUCAAAUACCGUUCGAUUUUGUUAUCAAUAUUGGAUUCUCACCUUUCCGAGCUGAUCAUGUUGUUGUAGAUGAAGAAACAUCACAAGUUGAAGCAGAUCUCAUCACAUUGUUUGAUUACAGAGCUAGAAAGCUUACAACGUAUCUUGGAGUUGAUAUGAAGGUAGUAAAGUAUCUUUUGGAGAAUCUACGGAGGCUUCAGGAACUUGAAUGCCCAGUAGAAGUUUUGGAUUCGAUUGGAGAUGAAUUGAGGAUUCAGAAAGUUGUCUUGGUUCGACCAAAUAGAAUUGGAGGUAGGAUUAUGCGUUUUGAUUUGCCUUUAUAAACUUGAUGUUAACUUUCAUAAAAUAACGUUGAAAUUUUAAAUUAUUUAUUAUGUUUUAGGUAUCUACCAGCUGAUGAAAUCUCGCGUAACUGAACUUGAUCUCACAAACUUUGAUGACUUAACGCUGAAUGAACUAUUCUUUCAUGUACACGAAUAUGAACCUAAUAAUUAUGUAAAGAAGCUCAAUAUUGCGUUAGAAAGUGACACUGGUGUUUGGACAAUCAGAAGCUUGAUCUACAAUAUCAACUGGAUGUUUCCGAGCUUUCAGGAACUUCAUCUUCAAAUCAGGGAUAAGGUAAGAAGUUUUUUUUUAUUUUCAACUUUAAUGUUGUUUGUUUUUGAUAUAAAUCUAAUGUAAUUUUCAGCGAUUACUCCCAGAAGUCAACAAGUUUCAAUUUGCCAACUUCUUCGCCCAGCGCUACUUGGAUUCACAAUUCCAAAACAAGACUUUUGACAUUACAUUUGACUUGAAUUUCGACCUGAGCUAUGUCUUUUUCUACGAAGGUGAUGGAGUUUUCAUACCUAAAAAUGUGGUCAUACUUCAAGAUCCAUUGAUUAAAAUCUGCGAAUGUCUACAGGAAAGCGAAGUUGCUAAUGUCGCUAAGGUCGAUACUUAUGGUAAGUAUAUCAUGUUUUUUUACAUUAUAUUGUGAUAGUCGUUAUAACUUUGGUAAUUUUUUUACAUAAUUUUUUGUAAUGUAGUGGUUAUAUUGCUUUGAUUUUAUAAAAACACGAAAAGAGGUACACGUCAAGAAAAAAUAAAAGAAAAACAAUUAUCCAGAGAAAAUCGCUUGGCAUUCCGCAACAAGAGGAAACAAAUAGUAUGUUAACUUCGCGGUAUUUUUUCGACACGUUAAAGUGCAGAUAUCACAAAAGUGUUUAAUAGCAAUUAAAAAACAAUACUUUAAUUCCCAAAUUUAAAAAAUCUCUGUGUUUGAGCGCUUAAUAAAAAUUUGGUAUUCAUAUUAAAAAUAUGCUUUUCCAAACUCUAAAAUACGUCAUAACUUUGCAACGAGCACAUGAGCAGCUAUAGUGGUAGUAACAGUUGGACUAAGGAGAUAAUAAGGAAUAAUUUGAUACUAAAAACGUCUGAUUCUAUGGAGUAGAACUUGAGUUAUCAAAAGAUAUCAGUUUCAUAUUAUCCAUGCGGAAAUUUUCCAUUAAUUUUUUGGCGGGAUUUUCCUUUAUUUAUUAGUUUCUUUCAUUAUUUAUUUAAUAAGGGUGCUUAAUUGUUACAUUUUUUACCUUCUUUAUCCUUAAAUAACCUCGAAACUACAUUAGUAAUAAACACGAAAGACAUUUUCGAAAAAGAAAAGCUGAAGAAAAAUAUUUUUCCGGUGAGAAAUGCCAAAAAUCUGUUCAAGACACAAAAGCAAAAUCGUUUUUUCUUGACGUGUAGGUAUGAAAAGACAAACAACAGUAGUCCUGGGCGUUUUAUGGUUAUAUUUUAACGGCGCUAGGACACUUGCGGAUUUUGGACGUUUGCGGAUUUUUAAAGGGGUUUUUUUCUUUUUUAUUUAAUUUAGUUGUAGUAUGGUACUAAAUGGUACUAAAAUUUAAAUUGGCACUGUCUUAAUAUUUCUUAAUGUUAAAUAGUACUAAAAGCCCAAAAAGGUACUGUUAUGUUAAAACCGUACCAAUUCAAACUUUUUUAGUACCAUAAUACAACUAAAUUAACUAAAAAGUAAAAAAAACCUUUAAAAAACCCGCGGAUGUCCAAAAUCCGCAAGUGUCCAAAAACCGAAGAUCCGCAAGUGUCUAGAAACCGCAGAUCCACAAAUGUCCAAAAACCGCAUUUGUCCUAGCGCCAUUUUAACUUACAUAGAUUAAAACUAAGCUCUGAUCUUCAAUUUUUUAGCUAAGACAUAUGAGAUCACCCAAACCAACUUUCAUAACAGAAUGAAAACGGUGUACAACUUCUCAAUAGGCCUGCCAAAACGUGUUGCUGGAGUUGUGGGCAAAACCGAAAUCAGAAUUCAACCAGUAAAGGACGUCGGGAAAGCUUUCAUGUUUUUGACUACUCAGUAG